UGCUUCCGGCUUCUCUGAUUGGACAGGUUGUUGUGUGACGUCAUUGGUGUGCGACGGCUGCUGCUGCAGUGGAGAGAUGCAGGAGGGAAAGAAAAGAGACAAAGAAAAGAAACGGGGACCCUGUGAUGGAGAGCACAGUGAUGGAGAGAUGAAGAAGAGGAAUACUGGAUCCAGCACGGAGGUGAGAGAGACGGAGAGACGGGUUCAUGAGCUUCACGGGGCUGUUGAAGCUCCGCGAGUGAUAUUGCGUUUAAUAAUCACCAGUCUCUCAGCGAAAUAUCGGUGUGUGUGUGUGUCCGGCGCAGGUUCUGGAGAAGACAGUGACGUUCUCAGCAUCAACGCAGACAUUGACGACAGUGACAUUGAGGGUCAUAAAGCGGUCGAAGCUGAAGAAGCGGCGCUCGGAGAUGAAGCUCUGCCUCCCAGUGCCGAGCCCAAAGUGGAGCUUCAGCACGACAUCGACAGAAGCGUGAGUGAAAUUCUGGCUCCAACGUCUGGCUCUGAGCCCGAAGAUCUGAGGGAAGCGUCGCCAGAAAAAGCAGCCGCUGAAGAAAGGGCUCCAGCGAAGCAGCCGUCGACUCAGCAGCUGGAGUUACUGGAGCUGGAGAUGAGAGCCAGAGCCAUCAAAGCACUCAUGAAAGCCAGCCAGAUCCAGAAACACACUCACUGCUGACGCUCAGACUCACAGUGUGCUGCCAGAUCCAGAAACACACUCACUGCUGACGCUCAGACUCACAGUGUGCUGCCAGAUCCAGAAACACACUCACUGCUGACGCUCAGACUCACAGUGUGCUGCCAGAUCCAGAAACACACUCACUGCUGACGCUCAGACUCACAGUGUGCUGAAGAGGGUCUGUGGACAUGUGGCUCAAAACUCCAGAAUCACUGGAACAAUGUCUCUCUGUUUGUCCUGAACCACACUGUUAGCUCCUAAAAGUUUAACAAGCGGUCACUGUGGAUCCAGAAUAUGGUUG